CCAAGCCUCAGCCUCAGCCCCAGUCUCAGCCCCAGCAUCAACCCCAGCCUCAGCCCCAGCCCCAGCAUCAACCCCAGCCUCAGCCCCAGCCCUAGCCUCAACCCCAGACUCAGCCCCAGCCUCAGCCUCAACCUCAUUCCCACCAGGUUUUACAUGGACACUAUGCUGCUUCGGACCUGUGCCAACAAAGGCCUAGUUCACACAGUGAUCCAGCAUGCACUGUGCACUAGAGUUGUCUAGUCCUGAAUGUCUACUGACCUACAGUCGCUCUCUUUCACUAAUAUGUUUUGACAUGACAAAGAAGGUCACUGUUGUCCGAAUUGUACGCAUGGCCUAUGACUUUGAUCGAUUGCUGCUGUGGCGUUUAUUUCAAUACCCCUGAUGAGUCUGCCUGUUGCGAUGUCUGCAAGGUCUGACUUUACUCUGAGAAAUGUAACCACUUUCGAUCGACCUCCAAUCCCAGCUGCAUUUGCAACACUGUUUCUUUUCUGGAGCCUCAAAGUGGGAUCAAAGGGGAGCUUGUUUAGCCAGGUGUUCCAGCGAGCUGUUGGAAUGUCUUGCUGCUUGAAAUAAUUGAUUCUGUGUUUUGCUCACUGGUGCUGUUGGUUGAUCUCCUGGAUCCGGCCAGCUGCCUAGACCAGGUCUCUUGGUCACAGAGGUCAACUCAGAGAAUAACACAAAACAAAAAGACACCUGGAACACAAAGACCUAGAAUUGCACAAGCAUGCAGUGCAGGGAUGCAUGCACGUUCACAAACUCAUCCACACACAAACACACACACACACACACACACACACUCACACGCACUUAAACAUACACACACACACACACACACACACUUCCUCCCCCAAGUCCCCCAACAUGUUUAUGUUCAUGAUUCAUCAUUCAACAUGUCUGAACUCUGUCUGAGCUGUGUCUGAACUCUGUGUAGUUUGUGUUGAAAUGAAUGAGUGUGUGAACUUACCACCCGCUUGUCAUCCUGUAGGUUCAGGUUUCCCUAAACCUGGCCUUCAGACAUGUUUCAUCACCCCGUCUUUUGGAAUGAGAGGGAACGUCACCACCAGUGUUCUCCCUAAGGGCCCUGCCCCAGAGAGGCCGGCCCCCCAGCCCCAUCCCAAAGACGAGGAUACUCUGGUGCAGAUGGCCGAACACAUCCCGGCAGGGACACGCACGCCCAUGUGUGGCCACUGCAACAUGGACAUCAGGUGAGAGAGAGAGAAGAGAGAGAGAGAGAGAGAGAGAGAGAGAGAGAGAGAGAGAGAGAGAGAGGAGAGAGAGAGAGAGAGAGCUCUCUCUCUCUUCUUCUCUCUCUAUUCUCUCUACCUCUCUCUCUCUCUCUCCUCUCCUCUCUCCUCUCUCUCUCUCUCUCUCUCCCCUCUCUCCUCUUCCCCUCUCUCUCUCUCUCUCUCUCUCAUCUCUCUCUCUCUCUCUCUCUUCUCCUCUCUCUCCUCUCUCUCUCUCUCUCCCCUCUCCUCUCUCUCUCUCUCUCUCUCUCUCUCUCUCUCUCUCUCUCUACGAGCUCUCUCUCUCUCUCUCUAUCUCUCUCUCUCCUUCUUAGACUCUCCUCCUCUCUCUUCUCUCUCCCCCUCUCAUAUCUCUCCUCUGCGCUCUCUUCUCUCCUCCUCUUCAUUCUCCUUUAUCUUCUCCUUUUCUCUGCCGCUAACACUCUGCAUUUCUCUUUUUGCAUAUGGACAAAAGUCUGUAUCACAAUUGACCAGUUACUUAUUUAUACUAAUCUUAAAACGACUACUACUUGUUUGAAUGUUGUAGCUAUCAGUUGGACCAUUAGCAAUAGCCCAUAUUAGCAGACAUCUUUCAUUUCGAACAUAACAUUCAUCUAGUAAAGGCUAAUUAUCAUUAUUAUUGAUAUCAUUAGAAUGCCCUCGAUAUAUUAUCGGUUCGGUCGGUAUUGAUAAUAUUUUGUUUUAUCCAAGCUCUAGCGUGUUUGUAUGGGACCAUACAGAACAGUACAGAGUUGGACCCUGAGGGAAAUGUCUUUUACAUUUUACAUUUUAGUCAUUUAGCAGACGCUCUUAUCCAGAGCGAUUUACAGUUAGUGAGUGCAUACAUUUUCAUACUGGCCCCCGGUGGGAAACGAACCCACAACCCUGGCAUUGCAAGCGCCAUGCUCUACAGCCAUUUCAAUAGAAUUACAAUAUUCAACAAAACAUAAUAUAAUCACAUAUCAUUCCAAAAUAUGAAUGAAAAUGGUGCACAGCACACACCUUAUUGGCAAAAGUGAAAGGGAAAGUGUUGUCCAAGCCUUUUCAAUCAGCGGUGAGGAGGCUGGAUGGGAUGUGACACAGUCCAUGAUUAAGAUAAGGCAUAUGGGCUGGCGCUCCCUUCCUACCCCCACCCCCACCCCCUAUCUCUCUCCCCUCUCUCUCUCCCCCCCUAUCUCUCUCCCCUCUCUCUCCCUCUCUCUCUCUCCCUCUCUCUCUCUCUCUCUCUCUAUAUCCCUCUCUUCCUCUCUCUCUCCCUCUCUUCCUCUCUCUCUCUCUCUCUCUCUCUCUCGCUCCUCGCUCUCUCUCUCCUCACUCUCGCUCUCGCUCUCUCUCUCCUCGCUCUCUCUCUCUCCCUCUCUCGCUCUCUCUCUCUCCCUCUCUCGCUCUCUCUCUCUCUCUCUCUCUCGCUCCUCGCUCUCUCUCUCCUCGCUCUCUCUCUCCUCGCUCUCUCUCCUCGCUCUCUCUCUCUCUCUCUCGCUCUCUCUCUCUCUCUCUCUCUCGCUCUCUCUCUCCUCGCUCUCUCGCUCCUCGCUCUCUCUCUCUCCUUGCUCUCUCUCUCGUUCCGCGCGCUCUCUCUCUCUCCCCUCCCUCUCUAUCUCUCCCUCCCUCCGAUGAUGGUGUCUGGUUCAUUCUUUAAUUUGCCCAGAGUUAGGACUGUUGAAUAGAACACGAGAGUCCGUGGUGGAGGAGGAGAACACACUGCUUGCGUCCCAAAUGGCACCCUAUUCCCUAUGUCAUGCACUACUUUCGACCAUGACCCAUAGGGAAAAUCAUAGAGCUUUGGUCAAAGUAGUGCACUACACAGGGAAUAGAGUGCCAUUGGGGAUUCAGAGACUGGUUCUCUCCUCACCUUAAUUACAGUUCAUGGCUCUCAGCAGCCUGUUAUUGGCCGGUAGCUAAGACUAUCUCCUCUGGUGUUGGCUUACACUGAACCCCGGGGAUAGGGUAGCAGAUCCAGCUCCUGCCAAAGAGUGUCGGUGACGGCACAGUUUAGAAUGACCAUUGUGUGCAUUAAAUAUCCCACUGUUGUUUUCCCCACUUAAGCUAAUCAUCCUAUUUGCAGGCGUGAUAGGCUUUGGUGACACUAGCUAAAUGUACUGCUGUGAAAACAGUGAUGGUUCUAGAAAAAUUAUGGUUAGGGUUCAACUGGGAGUAUGGUAGAAAACGCUGCUUCAGAUGCUAAUAGGAAAGUUAGAUUGUAUUUAAUUGAACUUAUUUCAUCUUAAAGGAACACUUCACUGGGAGAAAUUUGCUUAGGACCUUUUCUUAUAUUUUUUACUCCAAAAUGACGAAAUUCACCGCUUUCACAUAUCUAGACACUGGUAUGGUGCUGAAUAUAAUGCAUAUGAGGUAUAAAAUCAUGCUCCUUUAAUCUGAAUGAAAGCUGUUUUCUCCCUCCAGAGGCCCAUUCCUGGUGGCCAUGGGAAAGUCCUGGCAUCCCGAGGAGUUUAACUGCGCCCACUGCCGGACAUCCCUGGCAGACAUUGGCUUCGUGGAGGAGCAGGGCUCCGUCUACUGUGAACACUGCUACGAGGACUUCUUUGCACCUACCUGUAGCCGCUGCCAGCUGAAGAUCCUGGGGGUAAGUCCUGAGAGGGCAUCCUACGAAGCGAGCUAGAUCUACUCAGGGUUUUCUACCUCUAACCAGCUUCAGUUAGCUUCACAGUCUUUCCUGACCGCGUCACCUGACCAGGAAAAACUCUGGGUCUUUACCAUGGGCUGUCAAUCAUUCUGUCACCCUGUGUUUGACUGGAUGGAAACUCUGACGUGAAAAGGACAGAGCGGCUUUGAGGAAACAUGGAGUGACAAUUCACGACUAGGCCUCAGAGGCCUCAUUUUUUCUCUCAACCCUUUAUUCUUCAAACUUGUCCACCCUUUUAUUUCUCACCCUUUCUAACUGGCUAACAAUUUUCUCACUCCUUCGUUCUUAAUCCCUCCUUCAUUCCAGCAUUAGUCUAUCCCCCAAUGACCUCCCCAGUUCUCACAGCUGAAUGGUGGGAAAUCAGUGUGUGUGUUAAGCUCUGUCAUGCGCUCCGCAGAAGAAAGGGAGCUGGAGAAAAGCUCUACGAUCAGAUGUGUCACAAUUAGCACCCGGCAGUCUGGCCAUUAGCACCCGGCAGUCUGGCCAUCAGCACCCGGCAGUCUGGCCAUUAGCACCCGGCAGUCUGGCCAUCAGCCCCCGGCAGCCUGGCCAUCAGCACCCGGCAUCUUGAUAAUUAGCACCCGGCAGUCUGGCUAUCAGCACCCGGCAGUCUGGCCAUCAGCCCCCGGCAGCCUGGCUAUCAGCACCCGGCAUCUUGAUAAUUAGCACCCGGCAUCAUGACAAUUAGCACCCGGCAUCUUGACAAUUAGCACCCGGCAUCUUGACAAUUAACCUCCCCGGCAGCCUUGCAAUUAGCACCCGGUAGCCUGGCAAUUAGCACCCGGUAGCCUGGCAAUUAGCACCCGGCAGCCUGGCAUUUAGCACCCGUCAGCCUGGCCUUCCUGUAGAUCAGUAGAGGUGCUGGAGAGGGAGAGUUCAAUCAGAGGGCAGGGUAGAUGGUUGGAUAUUCACACACACGUACACGGAAACACACACACACACACACACACGCUUGCAGCUUUGUCACUGAUAAGGCUCUGUAAUGAUGAGCUUGACUUGCUGGACUAGUAAUUGUCUGUGGUUUCCUUGCAGGAAGUGAUCAACGCCCUGAAGCAGACCUGGCACAUCCAUUGUUUCCUGUGUGCAUCGUGCCAACAGCCUAUUAGGAACAACACCUUUCACCUGGAGGAUGGAGAGCCCUACUGUGAAAGAGGUGAACACACAUAGGCUAUGUCUCAAUUAUCUGUCCUUCCUCCCAAAGUGUGCACCUCCCUUCCCUGUCCAAUUCCCUUCACUGAUUUGAAAGGACAUUAUUGGUCGAAGAAAUAUGCUGGACAUUCCCACUAGCCCAUGCCUCCACCAAUUCAAUGUUUGUAGAUAUUUGUGAAGUAGUGAACAAGUGUACACUUCAGGAGAAAGGAGACAUUAUUGGGAUGCACCUAGGCUGACUGACUGCCUGUCUGUCAGAACUAGGGCCAGGCGUUUUCAGUUUUACAAGUAGUCUGAGUUCAGGAGUUUAAAUCUUAACUCUUCUCUUUUCCCCUCCAGACUAUUACUCCCUGUUUGGUACCGGUUGCCAUGGUUGUGAGUUCCCCAUAGAGGCAGGGGACAAGUUCUUGGAGGCUCUGGGAUUCACCUGGCAUGACACCUGUUUUGUGUGUGCGGUACGUUAGGCCUUGCAUAUAUUUAUUAUAUAUAUAUUUAUAAACUGGGUGGUUCGAGCCCUGAAUGCUGAUUGGCUGGCAGCCGUGGUAUAUCAGACCGUAUGACAAAACAUUUAUUUUGACUGCUCUAAUUACGUUGGUAACCAGUUUAUAAUAGCAAUAAUGCACCUUGGGGGGUUUGUGGUAUAUGGCCAAUAUACCAUGGCUAAGGGCUGGGUCCAGGCACUCUGCGUUGUGUCAUGCAUAAGAACAGCCCUUAGCAGUGGUAUAUUGGCUAUAUACCACACCCCCUCUGGCCUUAUUGCUGAAUUAUACGCACAUGUAUCUGUAUCUUUAUCCUGUAUCUUUAUCCUGUAUCUGUAUAUGUGUUCCAGGUCUGCUGCACCACUCUGGAGGGUCAAGCCUUCUUCUCCAAAAUGGACAAGCCUCUGUGCAGGAAACAUGCACAUAGUGUGGUGAAAAUCUGAACAAGGACAGGAGCAGAUGGCUAGAGGAGAGCUGGAGGAGAGCUGGAGGAGAGCUGGAGGAGAGCUGGAGGAGAGCUGGAGGAGAGCUGGAGGAGAGCUGGAGGAGAGCUGGAGGAGAGCUGGAGGAGAGCUGGAGGAGAGCUGGAGGAAGAGGGCUGGGC